AGUGUCAGAUUAGCAGCAGCGUGCAAGAGUGUAGGUGUAUGUUUGUUUUCAGGUGAUAUUGAGGUGUUGGAUAGGGGAAAGAGCGCGGCCGGCUGUUCACAAAAAAAAGAAAAAGAUUAAACAAGAAUGGAUAAAGAACGAUUUUCGCUACUUCUUUUGGAACCAGGAGAAAUAUAUUUUGAAGACUUCAGUGCAUAUAUGUUUCAUUCUGAUGCAAGUGAAGUAGAAAUUGAAAGCAGAAAAGAUAUUGGUCGUCUUAAGAUGUGUUCCAAAUCCAUUGUUUUUGAACCUAAAGAUAUCAUGAAGCCUCUCAUAAAAGUACCUCUGAAAGAAUGCACCAAAAUAGAUGAGUGGAACAAUAAUGUAUUUUCUAAGAUAUCAGCACAGAAUAAUGUUAUUGUGAUUGAAUGCAAUCAGUAUAUAGAAAUGCUGGAGAGAAAUAUCUUGGCACCAUAUACAUUCAAAAAUGAGAAAAGGCAGUUCCUGUUUCUUCUCAAUUAUGCAAAAGUGAGUGAUUGUUUACUGCAGAUUUGUCAACUUCAUCGUGCUUCAACCCUUCCAGCUGCUGAACAAAACAGUAUGAUAGCAACUAUUGUAUAUUCACGGCAGUCACGUGUCAGUUUUGAUACUUUAUGGCUGGAAGAUCUGUAUGAAAAAGUUAUUAUGGAAAUUCAAGGAAGCAAGAUAACACCACUUGUAGUGAAUCCUGGAAGGAUACUGUUGACAUCGCAGAGGCUGUAUUUUCAACCGUACAAUAAUAUUGAACCUUACCCAGUACUGAAGAUUCAGUUGAAGGAUAUAAAGAGGCUGAUUAAAAGAAGAUUUCUGUUGAGGCAGGUGGGUCUGGAAAUCUACUGUGACAACUGUAGUCACGUUAAUCACCUUUACUUGUGCCUGAAAAAUGCAUCAGAUAGAGACAACUUAUAUAGUGAGUUACUUGCUCAGUCAGCAUUGCAUUUGGACAACACAGACCAAGAAAUGAUGACUUUGCAGUGGCAGAAUGGAGUUCUUUCUAACUUUGACUACUUACUAUAUCUGAAUAGCUUGGGUGACAGAACAUUCAAUGAUUUGACUCAGUAUCCAGUUUUUCCGUGGAUCAUUGCAGACUACACUUCAUCCGAGUUAGAUCUCACAGAUCCAAAGUCUUACAGAGAUCUGUCAAAGCCCAUAGGGGCUCUUAAUGAGUCAAGAUUAGAAAAACUGAAGGAGCGGUACGAAGAAAUGUCACCACCAAAAUUUUUGUAUGGAUCUCAUUAUUCUGCUCCUGGGUUUGUCCUGUUUUAUUUAGUGAGAAAAUUUCCACAUUACAUGUUGUGCUUGCAGAAUGGUCGAUUUGAUCAUCCUGACAGAAUGUUCAACAGUGUACCUGAUGUUUGGAAGAAUGUCAUGACAAAUAUGUCAGAUUUCAAGGAAUUAAUCCCAGCAUUUUAUGACACAGAGCAAGGAGGUGAUUUUCUUGUGAAUGGUUUUGGAAUUAACUUCGGAUAUCGUCAUGAUGGUCAAAAAGUUGGUGAUGUUCAUCUUCCACCAUGGGCAAAUGGUCCACAACACUUUGUAAUGAAGAUGAGAGAAGCUCUGGAGUCAGAAUAUGUGUCAAGAAACUUACACCAUUGGAUUGAUUUGAUAUUUGGCUACAGGCAGACUGGCAUAGAAGCAGAGAAAGCAAAUAACUUGUUUUACUAUCUGUGCUAUGAAGGCGCUGUUGAUUUGGAUUCCAUCAAAGACAUAAAUCAGAGACAUGCAUUAGAAGUACAAAUAAUGGAAUUUGGUCAGAUUCCUAAGCAAGUUUUUUCCCUGCCACAUCCACAGCGAAUUACUGGUAUUUCCACCAACCAUCAAAGGGAACGGAGAGAUACUUAUUAUGACUAUAUCAUGGAAAAGCAUAACAGUUGUCAGCAAGACAAAGUUAACAGCACUGCAGAAUGCCCAAUUUGGGGGAAUAUGGAUAGGUUGAGUAUAGCAAGCACAUUCCAGUCACACAAAGAAGCAGUAAGUGCUGUGGCAAUAGCUGAAUCCAAAGAAUUUGUUGUAUCUGUGGGGCAAGAUUCACUAUUAAAAAUGUACACCGUGGCUGAGAAACGACAAGUCAGGAGUGUUGCAUUAUCAGAAAUGGCAUUGUCUUCCUGUGUCAUUCUCCCAGAUGACAAAACGCUCCUUGUUGGCUCAUGGGAUAAUAAUGUGUUAUUGUAUAAUCUUGAAUUUGGUCGAAUGGUUGAUUCUGUGAGAGCUCAUGAAGAUGCAGUAGCCUGCAUUGUUUGGGGAUCCAAAUUAGAGAUUCUUGUGACAGGUUCUUGGGACUGUUCAGUGAGAAUAUGGAAAGACAUAUCCAGUGGGAAAAAAAUUAAACCAGCCACUUCCUUAGUUGCUGAACUAGAGCAUGAUGCUCGGAUAACAUGCCUUUCCAUCGCAAGCAAUAAUAAGAGAUUAGUGUCUGGAACAAAAGAUGGUGAUCUUCUUCUGUGGUCAUUGGAGAACUACACAUUAGAGCGAAAAUUGCCAGGUCACCAAGGCACAGUGUUUGCUGCCAGUUUUAGUCCUGAUGAAAGUAAACUUAUAUCCUGCAGUGAGGAUCGCACAUUCAAGAUUUUUGAUUUAAGUUCUUGUAUGCAAGUGUAUUCUAAAACACUUGAUGAGGAGUUGAGGUGUCUAGCCUGGGAUGGGAUGACACUCAUUCUUGGAGGAAGUCUUGGAAGUCUAUAUAUAUGGGACUUAGUACAAGUUACACUACUUAAACAAAUUGAUGCACAUGCAGGAGCUGUUGUUGCUGUAGCAGCUAGCCAUGAUGGAUCACUUGUAGUCACAGGGGGCGAAGAUCGAAGGGUGGUGUUGUGGGAAAGGUCUUCCUGAUACAGCUGGUUAUGUAGUCUGGAGUUUCAUAAGUCUGCUUGUGGACCAACAGAAUAUAGUUUUAAAUUGUGCCUUAAUAAUGCUAUCAGUAUACACAACACUGGCUAAUGUAAAGCAACUUUUGAAUGUUGAGCUUUUAACAACAAUGUUUUGGGAUUUACUACAUGAACAUUAUAUCUUCAGUGUUUUACAGUGUUAUUUACAAGAAAAGUGUAUGAAGGGCUAUUAUUCUUUUCCCACCACAUCCAGUGAAAACAGAUUUUUAAUAAAUGCUGUAAAUAAACUAAAUCAUAGGAACAUCUGUACAGAUAUUUGUGUACUUGUACAUAUUUUUAUGUUUUAAGGAAAAGUGAAACAUAAUAUUGAUA